CACACCAAAUCAUUUCUGCUUUCACUACAAUUACAAUUUAUUCUUCUUUCUUUCUUAUUCUCUAAUUACAUCCAUGGCUGAUGAAGUCACUCUUCUGGAUUACUGGCCAAGUCCAUUUGGGAUGAGGCUCAGAAUAGCCCUUGCUCAAAAGGGUAUCAAGUAUGAGUAUAAAGAUGAAGACUUGAGCAACAAGAGUCCUUUGUUGUUAAAGAUGAACCCUAUUCACAAGAAAAUUCCUGUUCUCAUUCACAAUGGAAAACCUAUCUGUGAAUCUCUAAUUGCAGUUCAGUAUAUUGAUGAGGUUUGGAAUGAUAAAUCUCCUUUGUUACCUUCUGAUCCUUAUCAGAGAUCACAAGCUAGAUUCUGGGCUGAUUUUGUUGACAAGAAGGUCUAUGAAAAUGGAAGGAACCUUCUUUGGACAAAAAAUGGAGAAGAGAAAGAAGCUGCAAAGAAGGAAUUCAUAGAAGUGCUCAAAGUGUUGGAGCAAGAGUUGGGAGACAAGAGUUAUUUUGGAGGAGAGAAGCUUGGUUAUGUGGAUGUUGCACUUAUUCCAUUCUACACUUGGUUUAAAGGUUAUGAGACUUUUGGUAAUAUCAAUAUAGAGAAGGAGUGUCCCAAGUUUAUUGGUUGGGCUAAGAGAUGUAUCAAGAUUGAGAGUGUUUCUAAGGCUAUUCCUGAUCAAGAUAAGGUCUAUCAGUUCAUUGUCGAGGUCAGGAAGAAGAGGGGCAUUGAGUAGGUUGGAUAUGUUCAGAUAAUAAGUGAUUCGUGAUGAGUUUGACAAAAAUCAGUUAGUUAAAUGUGAUUAUGUCAUUCUCACCACGAGUCAGAACAUGCACUUAAAUGAUUGAUUUCAGUUGUCUUAAUUUUUCUGUUAAAAUAAUUAUGCAAUAAAGAGGUACUUAGAUGUGCCAAACUUUGUCCUUUUAGUAGGAUUUGUGAUGGAUCUAUGAUCUGUUUGUGUAAUGUGUCAGUAUUUAUUGUAAUUGAAUAUAUUGAUGAGGUUUGGAAUGGUCAA